CAGGGGGAGUUAUACGGUGCCGCGGAAAAUUUAGGUAAUUACUGAAAAGUAAUCGUUUUUACUCGACAACCGAGUAGAAUUCAGCAUACACACAAAUUGUACGUUUAGAAUACGCCUAUUCAGAAUGAUACGUCUUUCUAGGAAUUAAUUUGAACAUCUUGUCAGCUUGACAUCUCAUCUGUUCUUGAAGAAAUAAAAAAAGUCAGACUGUAGAAGAAACAGUACAAGGCGAUAAAUGCUUUGCCUGCCCAGCUCUGGGGACUGCUUUCGGGAGCAGAUGCAGUACAUGAUGAGGUCACUCCAGGACCUGAAACAGAUGCGAGGCACGUGCGCUCCCUCCGGCCGCUCCUUUGUCGUGUCCCGUGCCUGCCAACAGAGGGCGAUGCAGCGGGAGUGGCUGCCCAGUCAGCGCAUGUCAGAUGCCAGCGAGGUUAGUGCCUACGACUCUGCCUGCUGCCUGGCCAGCACCCCGGAGGAGAAAGAGGAGGUGGGCAGCCGGCUGGCGCUAGUCUCCCCCAGCAGUGAAAAGAGCCUGGAUGUGGAUUCUGGAUAUUCUGAAGCGUCCUGGCAGGAUGAAGGGGUAGUGCUGCGUCGAAGUCGGAACGUCCGGGUCUCGUCUACCGCCUGCCUCCGCACCAACAGGACACCCAGUGGCCGGGUACGACCCAAAUCAACUUCAGACGCCUGUCUGGAGCGCUGGACUUCCUUUGAGGCCAGUGAGCCUGAGGACUGGACCACGUCCUUGUUGACCCGUGGCCGUAACCGGCAGCCGCUGGUCUUGGGGGACAACAGCUUUGCUGACCUCAUCGAGAACUGGAUGGACUUGCCAGACUGUCCUGACCCAGCAGAUCUCAAACCCAACCCUGGGAGACGCCUGGGCAAGGACCUGCUAGUCAACAUGCGGCGGAAGCUGGCAGGAGUGUCUAAGAACUUGGAGAGUCGGGGGAAAGUAGCAAACUCGGCUCGGUCUAACAGGACUGCUGUGGCUUCUAAGCGUCUGUCGUGCCCUGUUGGUUUCCAGGCACCAGUGCCCUUCUUCCACCAGUCGCACACAGGCCUGCAUGAACUAGGAACAGACUUUCAUCAGUUCACUGCCCUCAUGAAGACUGGCAGCAGACAGCCGAUCAUCUGCAAUGACAUUAUUGGAUACAUCUGAUCACGUCACAUUUUCUUCAUAGACUGCUUCUCUGAAUCAUAUUUUUUUAUUUUUAUACUCAAUAUAUUUGCCAAUAAUGUCUGUGGAAAUAAUAAAACUUUUCUAAUAAGAGACAAAAGAAAAUGUU